AUGAUCAAAUCAAUAACAGAACAUGUUUAUUUACCUUCAGCUUUCGCUUCAAAAUUUGUUCAACGUUUUCCAUCACUUUGUCAUUUUGAACUUCAAAUGUUCUCAUUUAAUAAAGGAUGUUUCAUAAGUAAUAACGCUCUUUUUAUUUCCUUUCUAUCUUUGUCGUAAUCAAUCAUAAAUAAGUAUUCAAUAAAGAAUUUUUAAAGAGCGUCAUGUAAGCUAUCGAUCAAAAACAAAAUGGUAUGAAAUUUGCAUGAACACUAAUAGAGAACGACACCCAUAAAAAUUUUGUCAAAUGCACUUUUUUAGUUUAUCUCUAUAAAGAAUAACCUUUGCAGUAUUUUGUCAAUAUCUCUCUUAUUUUUGUCAUGGUUUGACUUAAACUUUUUAAAAAAGAUAACCUGUGAAAUACUCUAGGAAAUCCAAUAAAAGAUACAUCUUCAAAAUGAUAACUGGAAAACCAUAUCUGAUCAGCAGUAUUGUUACACUCCCAAAAGAUCCAGUUUCGUAGAGACGUUUUUUGUAAAAGUAUUUUUCUUUCAUUGCCGAAAGAACUAUAUUUCAUGUCAUUCUGAGCCAUGAUUUUAAAGAGGCAUCUUUUAUUGGGCUUUGUAGAACAUUUCACACGCCAUCUUUUAAAAAAAAAUUAAGUCAAACCAUCACAAUAAACUGCGAAGUUUAUUCUUUAUAGAGAUAAACUAAAAAAUGCAUUUAACAAAAUUUUUAUUGAUGUCGUUCUCUAUUAGUGUUCAUGCAAAUUUCAUACAAUUUUUUUGAUUGAUAGCUUAGAUGACGUUCUUUAAAAAUCUUAUAUUGAAUAUCUAUUUACGAUUGAUUAUGAUAAAGAUAGAAAGGAAACAAAAAAAUGAUUUGUUACUGAUGAAAUACCCUUUUGUUUUUGAUACCUCACUUGUACCAUAAUUUUUUUUUUAAUUAAAAUUCUUAAUGAUCAUAAUUUAGUAUGAUUUGUUUUAAACUAGAUGAAAAUGAGAUGGUUUCAUUUGUAUUUUAUGAUGAUAAUUCAUGAUGAUAAGGAUGUCCAUUACAAUAACGACUAUCUAUCAUAAAGAAUAAUAUCUCAAAUAUUAAAAUAAUAAUUUUUGUUUUAAACGUUUAACAUAACACCAUUCUCUUUUGGCAUUCAAAUUCACUAUACAAGAAAUAAGAAAAUCAAAAUAGUUAUGUUACGUAUUUCGUAGGAUGUAAUUGAGAAUGAAAAGAUACAAUACACGCACAUCUACGUCCAAACCCACACCCACACUCAACAAACAAGCGACGAAGAUAAUAAAUAUAUAGUAAUAAAGCAUUUAGAUGGCUAAGACAUAAAUGAUUCUUAGUCACCAGAUAUUCGAUACGAUUUUAUUCGUUUGUUGGAGUAGAUAAUGGUUUAAAUCUAACGUAACCUUUCUAUGAUAACUUGCAAUAUUUUAAUACAAGUAAACGAAAUAUGUGCAGAUAAAGAUCAUUCGAUUUUAGAAGACGAAUAGCAACACUAAUGAUUAUUGAUGAUAAAUUAUGUAAAGAAACUAAAUCUUACAAAAUCUUUGUGAGAUUCUAUGAUUUUAUAUUAUUGAAUAUAAUUCUUUCUAAUCGAGUAAAUUUUGAUAUCAUGUAAAUUUGUGUGAAAAAUAGAUCUAUAGAAAACGAAUUCGAUAAAUAAAGAGAUUUAAUUUGAUGUCUAUUAGAAGUGAUAAUAUAUGAAUAAUAGUUUUCAAAAAUCUGAUUUGGACAUGGCUAACAUAUUGAUAUUAAUAGGAACAGUCGAGUCAAUCAGAAGAAUUUGAAAACAAUUGUUAAAAUUAUAGAAUACGUCAUAUACAUGUUCAAAAUUAAGAAAGAGUAUGAGUGAGAUACAGGUGAAUGAAGAGAGCAUCGAAACCCAUACCUACACUUUUCUAUACUCUGAUAUUUACAAUAACAAAAUACACAAUAGUUAAAUGAAUGGUCAGAUAUUCCUAAAGAAAACAUUCUUCAAGUAUCAUUAAGUCUCUUCAAAUAGCUAAUUUAGCUUUUGAGAAAUGUGGUCGCUGCAUAAAGAUGAUUUCUAUGAAUUAUAUAACGAUCUGCUUGUUUUUGAUCAUAUUAUUGAUGUUUUUGCAUUCAUUAAUUAGUAGAAUAAUAACUAUUCUAUAGAUAUAAUAUUGUUGAAUUUAAAUUGUUUAAAUAUGAUAUAUUACGACUAGCAAAUCUUCAAUACACAUUCAAAAUAUACUUGUUGUUGAUUUCCUUCUGAAUUUGUUCUAAUAUCCUAAACUAUACAAAUUUUGACAAGUUUAAUUAAUUUGUGUAUGUUAUUUGAAAAAGAUACAAAAACUAUUAAGUUCUAUUUGAUUAAUCGAAUAGUUGCUGUACGAAUUUUUCAUAACCCAAUCUCGAAAAUUCUAAAACGUUUAUCGAAUCAAAUAAAUUUUAUUCGUAAAUCUUAAGAGAUAUGUUAUAACUAAAUUUAAUCUAACCGUUUGAUUUUAAAAACUUAUCUAACUCAAUUGUAUUCAUUCAUUUUAUUUUCGAAAACUACUGUCCAUUUCAAAAUAGAAGGCAGGUGAUUGUAAGAUGAAUAACUCACG